CCAAGUCGCAUCACACCUUCAUUCACAAACCAUCAAAGUGACGAUAGAGGAGACAUUGCUGUCCAGGAUCAUACAGAAACCAAAACUGUUCUAGAGAAUCGCACAUCGAAAUAAGACUGAUCACUUCUGCACCGGGAAGUUACUAUUCUCCACUUUGAGUUGUUGGACAUGCCACCUCAAAUGGAUUAUUAUUGUGAAGAAUCCCGCGUCCCGUCUUCAUGCGGACUGAUGAGCCAAGAGGCCGGGUUGGAGAGGGAGUCAGCGCCGGGGUUGGAGAGGGAGCCAGCGGCUAUCAGCUGUAUGCUGGUGGGGGACGGGGCGGUGGGAAAGACAAGCAUGAUAGUCAGUUAUACCACAAAUGGAUACCCCACGGAAUACAAACAGACCGGCUUUGAUGUCUUUUGUGGUCAAGUCCAAGUAGAAGGAGCCCCGGUUAGAAUACAACUAUUGGACACAGCUGGACAGGAGGUGUGUGAUGAAUUCCGCUCCCUCUCCUACUCCCACACGGACGUCUUCCUGCUCUGCUUCAGUGUGGUCAACCCCACCUCCUUCCACAAUGUCACCAACAAGUGGUUCCCCGAGAUCCGAGCCUGCAACCCCUCAGCUCCCAUCAUCCUCGUGGGCACCCAGUCCGACCUCCUGCUGGACGUCAACGUCCUGAUCAACCUGGACCGUUGCCGGGUCAAACCGGUGCUGACCAAUCGGGCGCAGAGCAUGGCGGAGAAGAUCAGAGCGGUGGACUACGUUGAGUGUUCUUCGUUGACGCAGAAGAACUUAAAAGAGGCGUUCGACGCGGCCAUCUUUGCUGCCAUCAAACACAAGGCCAGGAAGGAGAAGAAGAGGCGGUUGUCGGAAAGACGCAGCAAGGCCUUCUCUAAAUGCAGCUGGAAGAAGUUCUUCUGUUUUAUCUGAGAUACAUACACCAUUGGUCACGGACAGAAAGACUAUUAUUUAUUAACUUAUGAAGAAUUUGUAAGAGCAAUGGAACUUUAGGAUUAUCCAGCAGUGCUGAAUGAACUGAGCUCUAUGGACCUAUAAAACGGUUCAGUUCUCUCCUGGUCUGGAGACAGUAGUAUAGAUACCGAGGCUCGCUUUGCCAAUAGUCUGUGGUUGGGUGUCUGGUCUGCUCUGAGCAGGCUCUCUCUCUCUCCUUAACUCUUUCUCUGUGGAUUGAGUUUGCUUUGAUUAGUGAUUUACAUUGAUCAGAAUAAAAGCAGGGCACAUUAGCAUGCCUGAUUGUUCAGGUUGACAGAUAGUCACUAUCCAAAAGUCUGUUAAGUACGCCUGCAAGGUUUUAGGUAACCAAGUGAGAAGCGAAAGAAUAGAGAGAAUAUUAAAACCAUGUCCAUCACAAGCAUCCUGUCAGUGGGACAAGGCCGUCAUGUAAAUGUUAUGAACUCAUUUGCAUGGUCUGGAUUGGUGCCCAUUCCAACCUGAGAUUUUACUCCUUCUGACUCUGUGUGGUAGUACCGUGUAGCUCAGUUGGUAGAGCGUGGCGCUUGCACCGCCCGGGUUGUGGGUUGGAUUCCCACGGGGGACCAGUGGGGUGUGAGUGGGUUGAGAGAGAGAGAGAGAGAGAGAGAGAAGACAGUUGUCGGUUGUUAGCCUUUUCUCCUUUGUGUUCUGUGCUGCCGAGCCACACAGACCCAGACCUAUUCAUAUGCAACAGUGUAUGUAGGCUGAAGUCACAGCGCUAGGCUAGGUGCUAACUUCUUCACUGUGUGUGAACUGGGAAUGGCUCACAGGCCUAUGUGUUGAUUAUAGUAUUAGGCUUUGAUGUGAUGAGCGGUCAGUAUCAACACUAGCCUGUGACAAGGUGUAGAGUAGUAAGGAGACUUACACUGCCCCAGUCCCCAGCCCAGUCCCCAGCCCAGCAGAAACCCAGCCCAGCAGAAACCCAGCCCAGCCACCCCAGGGAUUGACACUCCUGUCUCUGGGACCUCAUUUGUCUCUGGGACCUAAUUUGUCUCUGGGACCUAAUUUGUCUCUGGGACCUCAUUUGUCUCUGGGACCUCAUUUGCUUCUUUAUUUGUUUGUUUACACUAGACACCCCAGCCAGUAAAACAAAAAAGCCCAGCCCAGCCACCCUCCAGUGAAUGAAACACUCCCGUCUGUCUCUGAUUCUCUGUUAGUUGAUGCUGACCACACUACCGUGUCUAUCUCCAGACGAAUCAGCCUGCCCAAUCUAUAGGAUACAAUGUGUACAUUAUAGGAGGCUUAGUAGAACCUGCUUGAAUGUUAACGCCCACUUUAAAUAGCUUGCGUGCCCCGGCUGGUUCUGUGUUGUUUUGUAAAGUGAUGUUAUUGCCAGACCGAUGGUUGGUGACAGUCAGUCCUAGCUGGAUUAUAGAUAUAUGAGGGUUGGAACCCAGGCUAUAUGAAGGUUGAUACCCAGGCUAGAUGAGGGUUGGCACCCAGGCUAGAUGAGGGUUGGCACCCAGGCUAGAUGAGGGUUGGAACCCAGGCUAUAUGAAGGUUGAUACCCAGGCUAGAUGAGGGUUGGCACCCAGGCUAGAUGAGGGUUGGCACCCAGGCUAGAUGAGGGUUGGCACCCAGGCUAGAUGAGGGUUGGCACCCAGGCUAGAUGAGGGUUGGCACCCAGGCUAGAUGCUUUUUAUACUUCUUGUGGAAGAGUGAAUGUACAUUUGAAAUCUAUUUCUGUUUGUUUAAAACAGUUCAUUCAACUUUUAUUUUUUUUUUGCCUGCAAUUUUACAGAUCUGUGAACAAGUUUUUAUUUUUGUGAAAUUGUAUAUUUUCGUCACUAAUCUCAAAACCAAACCCUCUGUCACUAGUUUCUACUUUUUCAUGCUGUGUUUGAAUGAAGUGAUGGAAAUAAAUUCUGGAGAAGGAACAAAAAAAAAUCGAUGUAUAUUUUUUUUGUCAAAAUGUAUCACUGCUACAUUUGAAUAAAAUAACACAUG